GCUGACAAUGAUUUCCUCAGUGAUUACGUACAGAGCGAGUCCCUGCGGGCUCCGGGCCCCCUCUGGAGCCAUCCGCAUGGCUUUGGGGGCCUCGCUUCCAUUUUCCAUUAUUAUGUGGACUACCGGAGCGACGGCGCAGUCCAAGACCUCGCAGGAUGUCGCGCCGCAAGCAGGCAAAACCAAGAUCACUGAAAGUAGAAGACAAUGUGACGGAGGACCAGCAGACUCCCGGGCAGGCUGCCAUUCUAAGCGAUCCCGAGUGUGCCCCCGAGAGGGUGUCUGAGGAUGCGGAGGACGGGCGUCUGAGGAGGAGGAGGUGCUCUCCUGAGGAAGGGGACGAGGCGGAGGAGGAGGACGAGGAGCACAGCUGCCGCGCCUGCCGGCAGGUGUUCGACUCGCUGAGCGAUCUUACCCAACACAAGAUUAAUCAAUGCCAGCUGACAGAUGGUGCUGAUCUAGAAGAUGACCCUUCCUGUUCUUGGCCUGCCUCUUCACCAUCUAGCAAAGACCAGACAUCUCCAGCCCACGGUGAUGACUACGAUUUUGGUGAGGAUGAAGGAGGCCCUGGCUUGCCCUACCCGUGCCAGUUUUGCGACAAAUCUUUCAGUCGCCUUAGCUUCCUAAAGCGCCACGAACAGAGCCAUAGUGACAAGCUUCCCUUCAGCUGCACUUUCUGCAGCCGUUUGUUCAAGCACAAGCGUAGCCGUGACCGACACGUCAAGCUCCACACUGGCGACAAGAAGUACCACUGCGGUGAGUGUGACUCUGCUUUUUCGCGCAGUGAUCACCUUAAGAUCCACAUGAAGACGCACGCUGCAAACAAGCCCCAUAAAUGCCCUGUGUGCCGCCGAGGGUUUCUGUCCUCCAGUUCCCUGCAUGGACACAUGCAGGUGCAUGAACGCGGAAAGGACGCUCAAGGCACGGGGCUGUCUCGAAUGGAGGAGUGGAAGCUGAAGGAAACGCGCAAAUGCAGCCGCUGUGAAGAAGGGUUUGAUGUACCUGAGGAGCUCCAGAAGCACAUUGCAGAGUGCCACCCAGAAUGCUCACCUCCUGAGGAAGGGAGUCUGGGGCCUGGUCUGCAAUGCAUUUACUGCCAUGAGCCAUUUAGUGAUGAGGGUACUCUGCUUAGCCACAUUGACCAAGCGCAUGGCAGAGACCGAAAGGGCAACACGUGUACUGUGUGUUCUGAGCACUUUGCCACUGUAGAGGAAUUGUAUGCCCACAUGGAUGUCCACCAACUGCCAGAGUCCAGUAACCACAGCAAUAGUCCUUCUCUGUUGACUGUGGGUUACACAUCUGUUUCAAGCACUACUCCGGACUCAAACCUUUCUGUUGACAGUUCGACCAUGGUGGACUCUGCUCCUACUGUGCCCAAAGCCCGUGGACGAAGAAAGCGUGCUGCUCAGCAUGCCACGGAUAUUUGCGGACGACCUGCCAAACAGCCAAAAGUAGCAUACAGCUGCAUCUACUGCAACAAGCAAGUAUUCUCCAGUCUUGCUGUUCUUCAGAUCCACUUAAAGACCAUGCAUGUGGACAAACCAGAGCAGGCCCAUACAUGCCAGUUCUGCUUGGAGGUCCUUCCAUCUUUGUUCAACUUGAAUGAGCAUCUGAAACAGGUCCACAAUGCUGAAGAUCCCUCCGCCUUACUUGCUAGCCUGUCUGAUGCCCUGCUGCAGUGCAACUUUUGUCCAGAGAUGCUUGGAGACCUCAAUGCUCUGCAGGAACAUAUUCGUUGCUCACAUGGCUUUCCCAGCCCAGUCGCUAAGGAGAGCAAUGCCUUUUUUUGCCCCCAGUGCUUCAUGGGAUUUCUGACUGAGGCCACACUAGAAGAACAUGUCCGGCAGACCCACUGUGAUUCUGGCAGCUUGCGAUUUGACUCCCCUCUAGCAGUCACUCCCAAAGAUCCCAUUGUGGAGGUCUAUUCCUGCUCAUACUGCACCAACUCUCCCAUUUUCAACAGUGUUCUGAAGUUGAACAAACACAUUAAAGAGAACCAUAAGAACAUCCCCCUGGCCCUGAAUUACAUCAACAAUGGGAGAAGAACCCACAGAGCACUCAGCCCUUCAUCUCCCAUAUCCGUAGAGCAGGCCACACUUCUAAAACAGGGCAGCACUUCUUCCCGUUCAGCAAGCGAAUUCAUCUGUAACCAAUGUGGUGCUAAGUAUACUAGUCUAGAUCUUUUCCAGACGCACUUGAAGACUCACCUUGACUGUGGGCUGCCACAGCUCAGCUGUCCGCAGUGCAACAAAGACUUUCCUAACCAGGAGGCUCUGUUGAAGCACGUGACAGUCCACUUCACUAUCACUUCCACAUACUACAUUUGCGAGAGUUGUGACAAGCAGUUCACAUCAGUAGAUGACCUACAGAAGCACCUGCUUGACAUGCACACAUUUGUGUUCUUUCGCUGCACUCUCUGCCAGGAAGUAUUUGACUCUAAAGUGUCAACUCAGCUCCAUCUUGCAGUCAAGCACAGCAAUGAGAAGAAGAUCUACCGCUGUACUUCUUGUAACUGGGAUUUCCGACAUGAGACUGACCUUCAAGUGCACGUCAAGCACAGUCAUUUGGAAAACCAGGGCCGAGUGCACCGCUGCAUCUUCUGCGGUGAGUCCUUUGGCACAGAAGUGGAGUUACAGUGCCACAUUACCACUCAUAGCAAGAAGUACAACUGCCGCUUCUGCAACAAGGCUUUCCAUGCCAUUAUCCUGCUUGAACGUCACUUGCGUGAGAAGCAUUGUGUGUUUGAGGGUAAGGCCCAGAAUUGUGGCACCAAUGGCUCCACAAGUGGAGGUGGCGACUCAGUUGCCAAAGAUGAGACAGACCUGCAGGGCAUCCUCACUAAUAGCCAUGGAGGAGCGGGCACAGGGGAGUCUCACAAUAGCCAUGAUGGCAGUGAAGAGGAUGUUGAUUCCUCUGAGGUCAUGUACAGCUGCGACAUCUGUGGGGCGUCCUACACCAUGGAGUCCCUCCUGACCAAUCACCAGCUCCGUGAUCACAAUAUCCGCCCAGGGGAGAGUGCUAUACACAAGAAAAAGGCAGAAAUGAUCAAGGGGAGCCACAAGUGUAAUGUUUGCUCUAGAACAUUCUUCUCUGAGGCUGGGCUCCGGGAGCAUAUGCAGACCCAUCUGGGACCUGUCAAACACUACAUGUGUCCCAUUUGUGGAGAGCGCUUCCCCUCUCUGCUUACUCUGACAGAGCAUAAAGUCACUCAUAGUAAAAGCCUGGACACAGGCAGCUGUCGAAUCUGCAAGUUACCUCUGCAGAGUGAGGAAGACUUCCUGGAGCACUGUCAGAUGCAUCCUGAUUUGCGGAACUCUCUGACUGGCUUUCGCUGUGUGGUCUGCAUGCAGACUGUCACUUCCACCUUAGAGCUCAAGAUCCAUGGCACCUUCCACAUGCAGAAGACUGGAGCCAUGUCCACCAAUCACCCUAGUGGUCGCUCUGCUAUCACACACCACCAGCAUCACCAAAGCCAAAAGCUCUUCAAGUGUGCUUCAUGUCUAAAGGAGUUCCGCUCCAAACAGGACUUGGUGAAGCUCGACAUCAAUGGACUGCCAUAUGGUCUGUGUGCCUCAUGUGUAAGUGCUGCUGGUAGCAAGAGCUCCAGCCCAACCAUAAAUGGUGGAAAGCAACAGCAGCACGGGGUACAAACACCCACUGUCUCUGCUGUCGGAUGGAGCCAUGGGGAGAGUCUGAGCCCUGGUGGGGUAAAGGCAAAGAGUACCUCCUAUUCCACGUCAUCUUCUUCGUCAACAUCGUCCACUGCAGCCAAGACAAGGUGCUCUAGCUGCAAUGUGAAGUUUGAGUCAGAAGCAGAGCUGCAGACACAUCUUUCAACAGUGCACAGGGAUCAGACAGGAGAGGGCAGUGGAGGUCAGCUAAGGACUCCUCAAGGAUCACCCAUGCCGAGGGUGAGCCCAACACAAAGUGAAGAGAAGAAAACAUACCAGUGCAUAAAGUGUCAGAUGGUCUUCCACAGUGAAUGGGACAUUCAGGUUCACGUGGCCAACCAUAUGAUUGAAGAGGGGCUGAACCAUGAGUGUAAGCUGUGCAGCCAGACGUUCGACUCCCCAGCAAAGCUGCAGUGUCACCUGAUCGAGCACAGCUUUGAAGGCAUGGGAGGAACCUUUAAGUGUCCCGUCUGUUUCACAGUAUUUGUCCAGGCCAGUAAGCUCCAGCAGCAUAUCUUCUCUGCUCACGGUCAGGAGGAUAAAAUCUACGACUGCACGCAGUGCCCACAGAAAUUCUUCUUCCAGACAGAGCUUCAGAACCACACUCUGAGCCAGCACAGCAGCUAAGAAACCCUGAGUCUCCAUGAAGAAGAAGAAGAAGAGUCGCAUCAAGAGGCCUCUGGACCUGACGAUUCAACCAAUCAUUGUGCUUUUUUGUCAAUUUUUGCACUGAACUUUUCAUUUCAGUUACAAAAGUUUAAAAAUGAAAAAAAAAGUUACAGAGCGAGAGCAGAAGGCCAAUGAGAGAAAAGAUCUUUGUCAAUUGAUGUUUAAUAUCCAACCAACCUAUUUGUAAAUACUGUUCUUUCUGUGUUACUGUUCGUCGGCUCUUAUGCGUUCUUGCGGUUGCCAUUGUACAUACUGUUUGUUGAGGAGAAAAAAAAAGUAUUCCGAUUUGUCUAAACCGUUAUAAACGGACGAGUCAACAGCCAGAGACCUUCAGCCUCAGAAGGACAUUUUUUAAAGGCGAGGGCAGCCGACAUGAGUCCGGACGCGUGUGAUGCAUCCUCACGGCCCGUGGGAUGGACUGCUUGAUCACCAGCAUGGCCUGCGCGUCCGUACGUCCGUAAACUGCUUUUACGGAAAGCUACACACCUCAGUUGAAGGAGGUGGAGCCAUCGUGGAUCAUGAAGCUAAGCUUACAGAGACUAAACAGUAAAAGGACAAAAGCGAUACUUGAUAUAUGCAAAAAAAUAAAAAAUACAGUUUCUCAUGUAAAAGGAAAGUAUUAAAACAAGCUCAACUCUUCGUGUUGGCAAGUGACCCAUUCCCCUUAAAGCUGUAUGAGAAAAUGCUCGACUGAAGCGACUUGUACAUUUCUGUUAUUAAUGUUUACCCCUCGCAGGAGUCUGGAUAUGACUGGAACCUUCCUUUCUUUGCCUCUUUGUUCAGAGCGAUGCGCGAUGGGGGGAUUAAUUCAUUCCCUGUUUCGGCUUCGUUCUGGCUGCUAUCAUCAUUUCACGGCCCUCUCGUGAGGUUCUGCCCCCCCCCUCCCAAAAAAAAAGAAAAGAAAAACUGUACCUGCCCCCUGGUUCACAAGCGAGCCAACCCGAGUCAUUUCUGUUGCUAUGCUAUUGCUCUAUAGAUGCUGUGAGACAUGCUAAUAUGUACAGUAUACUCAUGGAUCUCUGGUAUGUACCAGUUUUGCAUUCAUUGAAUCCUGAAAUGCACUUUUGUAACACGCCAUACUUUCAUGGAUGUUCAUGUUCGAAAAGGCGUUCGACAAGUGACUACCGACUCAGCCACAAGACUUUGGGGAAUCAAAACUUUUACCAAGGGUGACAACUUCUGGUGUUAAUGGGGGAGAAAAAUGUUAUAUACAAAUAUUAACCGGGGUCUGAAUUUGCUAGACCUCUUUUUUUUGUGUUCUCAUGUGAUGAAAACAUUAAAAUUGUAUGAUGAUAUGG